GAAGAACAUCAUGACUUUCAUUCAUGCGAGAACCCUGGGGCAACCAGGCGCUAAGCAAUUUUGGCCAAUUUUGUAGCGUUACCAUUGAGAGCUCUUGCUUGGCUACAGGGAGCUUGGAUAGCGGCGGUGAAGAAGCAAGAAGUGUGCCCAACGAGUUUGCUUUUGUGGUCUGAACAGAUCCUUGUGUGUUGUUUGUCUGAUGGUCAACUCGACCAAGCAAGGAGCGACGAAAAGAAAGCAUCCCGCAUCGAUAUACAUCCCAUUGACGGAUGAUUUGGCACCCCUGGCUACAAAGGGGAACAGGUUUGAGAGUUCAUUAAUAAAAGCAAACAACGGUACAACGGUACAACGCUUUGUUGAACACCAAUCCAACCAUCCAUCCAACUGCACUUCCACCAACAGCUAGCUAGAAUCCAUUGGGUAGAAGAGGGGAUACUCUUGGGUAUUCUAUUCACAUCAAACAAUAAUCAACUUUCAUAUCCAUUCACUCAAUAGAAACACAGAAAGACAGAGUGGAAAAUGCCGUCCAGUCACGGUAGCAGUGGCGGCAAGAAGAAGAGUUCUUCCUCGGGCAGCCCCGUCAAGUUGACAAUCGACGAUGCUUUAGCCCGAUUGGAAUAUGGUCCCUUCCACACGCGCCUGUUGAUCAUGGGAGGAAUUGCCACCAUGGCCAACUGCAUGGCCGUCAUGGCGUCCUUCUUUUUCCCACAAGACUUUGACGGCGGCAACCUGUCCGAUUUCCAAGCGGCAUCCUUGACGGCCAUUUUGUUCCUGGGUACCUUUAUGGGAGUCUUCUUUGUCAAUUUCGCCUCGGAUUCGUUUGGACGACGGAGUACCUUUCUCGUGUGUGCUGCCACCACGUCCCUCUUUGGCUUUGUGGGCGGUCUCAUGCCCAACUAUGCCGGUAUCAUGAUUAUGCGAUUCCUUGUGGGAUUUGGAUUGGGUGGAACCAAUGCACCCUUUUACUACCUCGCGGAAUUCGUACCUCAUCAACAGCGGGGUGUCACACUCCUCAAACUCGGAUACGCAUGGGCGUUGGGGUCCAUUGUGACGCCCUUUUUGGGAUUGGCUACCCUCGACAAGGAUGGAUUGGGACCGCCAGUCUUUUUGUUUCUCUGCAGUAUCCCCAGUGUCAUUUCCCUCGUGGCGGGUUUCAUGAUUUUACCCGAAUCGCCUCGUUGGCUCAUGAGCAAGGGACAAAACGAAGUCGCACUCAGUAUUCUCCGGGAUGCCGCCAUUAUCAAUCAUCAAGAUCCUUGGGCGAUUUGUCCCCAAUCGGCACAUCUCAUGCGAGGGGGCAAGACCAAAUCCAAAUGGAAGGCCAUUACACGAUUGUUUCGCAAAGAAUGGCGUCGCAUGAUCAUGUGUCUCUUGCCAACGUUCCUCGUGGUCGACUUUUUGUAUUACUCGUACGUGCAACUCAUUCACAUGACCAUUUCCAAUACGGACGGAGCAGAAGAUGACUUUGAAUUUGUGUGGAUUGGGGUGUCAGCCAUUGCCGAGUUGGCGGGAAUCGCCAUUGCCAUUUUUGCCAUUGAUCGAGUGGGACGGGUCCCCACACAGGCCGUGUCCUAUUUGGUGGCCGGAAUUCUUAUUAUGGGCAUUGGCAUUGGACGCAACGUCGAAGACAAUACCACCGAUGAUCGCAUCGCCACGAGUUAUCUCUUUUAUCUCUGUUUCGUGGCACGUAUGUUCAUCACGUUAGCUACGAAUGUGACUUGGGUACACACGGUCGAAAUCUUGCCCAAGAAGAUCCGGGCCACCUUUCAUAUCACGGCUCAUGCUCUGGCCAGUUUGGGUGGUGCUGCCAGUGCCUACCACAUGGUCACUCCGGGCAUGAAGUUUAGCGUUGUCGCCAUUGUCGUGGGAGUCAUCACCUUGUUGACCAGUUUGUUGACGUGGACGUUCCCCGAAACCAAAACAUUGGCCCUUGGCAACAGUGUCAGUCGAUCCAUUUCCCGUGAUGGAGUCUUUACGAACAGAGACAACGAAGAAGAAAAGAGCAUGCUAUCCAGGAGUAGUGACGACUCUACAAUCGACCCUUCGCUUGGUUCGCUGUGAGCACAAUCUUACUGGCGAAGCAAGUGUGGCCAAGUCCAGCCAGUUAGUGUCUCGGCAACUUUAUACGAUACGUUUCUUGCAUGUUUUUAGUAAAAACACAUUACUACUAGCUAGUAACCAGAGUGCACUC